AUGUUUCGCCAAUUUAAUAUUCUCGCCACAUUGGCUCGUUGCAAAACGUCUGUUAGUUGCGGUAGGCGCUUUGCUUUGUCCAACACUCGCCUCUUUGGCAAUUUCAACAAGCCUGUGAUUGCCAGAACUAUCCCUAUAGUGCGGACAAAACUUGGUGCUAGUGUGCUCUUUGGAGCAACAGCAUUUACCGGAGGGUUGCUUGUAUUUUCAAAUUCUCCUCAUGUUUCCAAUGAUGUGCUCAUCCAAUCACCCCCACCAGGUACUUAUGCUGGGGUAUCACCAGAAACACGCCAGGCUAACAAAAAGCACCACAAGCUUUCAUAUGACGAUUUGACAUAUGGCUCUAUGUUUGGGCUUGCUCUCGGUAUCAUCAUUGGGAAAUUAUCGUACGUUUUGGCCCUUAUUUCUUUCACCACAUUUUUGUCAAUAGAGUUUCUUGAAAAUCGGGGGAUUAUUCAGAUUCCUUGGAACGGGAUACUAUCGCUCGGAACCCAAAGAUUGAAUCUACGAGACUUUUUAUUGAAUAAUCCAAGCUUUAAACUCGCGUUCUUUUUAAGUUUUAUCAUUGCUGCCUGGAAUGUAUAA